AUGCCCGACAAGAUCCUGGACGACAUUUCUCACAGGAGAUACAACCCACUGACAGAUAGUUGGCUGCUGGUAUCGCCUCAUCGGACCAAGCGCCCGUGGCAAGGUGCGCAAGAGGUGGCUGCAGCAAACACUCUGCCGGAAUAUGACCACAAGUGCUACCUGUGCCCUGGAAACGCUCGUGCGGCAGGGGAUACUAACCCCGAGUAUGAAAAAACAUUUGCCUUCGUCAACGACUACAGCGCUGUAAAGGAGCAGCAACCUGACUAUGAGCCCAGUGGCAAGCCCAAUGAUGUCGAGUCCAUGCUCCUAAGAGCGCAGGGCGUCAAGGGCCUCUGCUACGUCCUCACCUUCUCACCCAAACACCACCUCACCCUGGCCGACAUGCCAGCUCCGGAUAUCGUCCCCGUCAUUGAACACUGGACCCGAAUCUACGCAAACCACUUAUCUCCGUCCAACCCGUUGGCGAAGCUGGCAGAGAAUAUGGAUAUUUCGCCAACAAAGGAUGCCGCCCCCGCUCCCAAGGAUGAGUACCGCUACAUGCAAAUCUUUGAGAACAAGGGCGCCGCGAUGGGCUGUUCGAACCCCCACCCGCAUUGUCAGAUGUGGACCACGUCGAGCAUGCCUGAAGAGCCUGGCAAGGAGCUCUUGCAAAUGGCAAAGUACCGUGCUAACAAUGGCGGCCGUCACUUGCUUGGUGACUAUGUGGAGCUUGAACUGGCCAAGGAGGAACGAGUGCUCUGGCAGAACGAUGGGUUCGUGGUUGUUUGCCCUUGGUGGGCGGUGUGGCCCUUUGAAGUGCUCCUUCUUCCCAAACGACAUGUUCGAUCGUUGGUCGAUUUCAAACCCGAAGAGAGGCUACAGUUCGCCGAGGCCAUUCAGGAAAUUACUAGGCGGUACGACAACCUGUUUGAAUGCAGCUUCCCCUAUAGCUCUGGCAUCCACCAAGCGCCCCUAAAGGGAACAGCGGAGGAAAUUGAAAACUCCCAUCUCCACAUGCAUUUCUACCCUCCAUUGCUGAGGUCUGCCACUGUGAAGAAGUUCCUUGUGGGCUAUGAGCUUAUGGCUGAGCCGCAAAGGGACAUCACCCCUGAACAGGCAGCGGCGCGACUCAGAGGAUGUGGAGGGGAGCUCUACAGGAAUAAAAUGAAGUAG